AUGGUGAUUAAUAACUAUGAUUGCACAGGUCUGGCUAUGAGAGGUAUAAAAUGCAAAACUGACUGUAUCCAGACUAGAACCCAAGCACACAGAGAUGACACCAAAUACUGGAAAGUGCCUACUUCAGUGCUCCAAUGUUUACUUCUCUAUGCUUUUUCAUGCUGUAUUGAUAAUGAUUUCUUUCGACAAGAAACUUUGAAUGUGAUUUCUGGUGGGGAAAAAUUUGUCGGGUCGCCUUGUGGUAAACAUGGAUCUUACAUAUUUUACAAGGCUUUUAAAUAUUUCAAGGAAGGCCAAACAAAGAUUCUUUCUCCUGGAGAAUUUUUCUUUCUCAAAUUAUUGCGUGAUGGACCAUUGUGUAUUGGUGAAAUUCAACUCUUGUGGCAGGAUGUUCAUAAGCAGAAUUUAUCAAGCUUACGUCUCUAUUUCCUUCCUAAAGAUACUCCUAUAGGAGAACUCCCUUCACAUGGCCAGGAUGAAGUGUUUGCUCUGUCUGAAAAAUUGGUGCUGAGGUUACAAGAUCUCGUCAAACUUAUUGUUCAUAAUGUCAACUGGACAUUUGGAUCUCCUGGUGUAUGUGAGGAUGAUGUACUUUCUGGCUUAGAAUCUGUGAAAAUGCUUCAAAAAGAACUUCCCGAUGUCAACCAUAGUAUAAAAUUGAAUGAAAUUAAAAAGGAACGCAAAUUUUAUGACACAAAGCCAUUGGGUACCGAGGUAAAAAUAGUCAGCUUUUCCGUUUACUGUCGAUACCGAGCAGUAUCGAGAAGGUGUGAAAAUGUUAAGGAAAAGUUUUUCAAAAAUGUCUUUGUUGCUGCUUGUGGUGGCAUUAUGAUGAAAACACGGAAUGGACGUAUUAUGUUUUGUCGAGAAACCUUCAAUGAUCCGGAUCUGGCUAAUUUGGACAUCUGCCGGGAUUACUUAGCACCCAAUUUGAAAGGAAGGCCAAGAAAGAAAAAAAUAAAACUGAAGAAAGGGGCAUCCUUAUCAUCAGACAGCAAUGAAGAUUCACCUGGAGAAACCCAGCUGGUGCGACACAAAGCGAAUGGCAGCAACAGACUGAAGGAACCCAAACGUGAACAACUUAAUGGAUAUAAUAAACAUGACUCAAUCCUUACAAAUGAAAAGUUAUUCCUGGAAUCUCUCCACAAUUUCAUGAGAAAAAGGACCACUCCCAUCGAACGGAUUCCAUCAUUGGGCUUUAAAAUGAUUGACUUGUUUGCAUUUUAUAAGAAUGCAUACAAAUUGGGAGGUUAUGAAAGGAUUACUAAUCAACGAAUGUGGAAACAGUUAUAUGACAUGAUGGGUGGUAAUCCUGGAAGUACAAGUGCUGCGACUUGUACAAGAAGGCACUAUGAACGUUUAUUACUUCCUUUUGAAUUAAGUCAGAAAGGAAAGGAUCUUAACAUGUUAUCGGAUAUAAAACAGAAGAAAAGUGCACAUGUAUCAAAAAUGGACACCCAUCACUCUAAACAACUUUUACAUGGAACUAAUGAGGACAAAAGAGACAAGAGAAACAGAAUGAGUAUUGAAGAAAAAGAAAAGAUGUGGGAUGAAAUGAGGAAAACCAAUGCUCAAAAUCGAGAUAAUGUUCGACGAUUUAAAUCUGGGACCCAACCAACAGUCAAAAAACUCUUAUGUGAAAAAUACAACCAGGAUCCGUCAGAUGUACUGCCUUCUUCAGUUAAAAGAGAACCAUCUGAUAUUAAGCCCUCAGAAGAGUCUUUAAGCCAUUCAGUAUCUCCCCCAACACAUGUUAAGAAAGGACCAAGUGUGACUCGGAUUUCAUCUGAAGUCAAGAAUCCUGUCGUACCUGUUGUAAAACUAGAAAGUCCUAUAAAUGAUUGGAAAUUAAAUGCGUGUUUAGCCAUACCUAAAGAAAUAACUGCUGCUGCCGUACUUGCCAGUCAAUCACCUAGUCCUAUCCAACUCGGCCUAGACAAGAAACAAUCUGUUAAUUAUGUGGAAAAGAGUCAAGUUGUGACACUGCCAACACCGUCUCCUCCCUCUAAUCCUUCCUAUGAAAGAAUCAGUCCUGUUGAUCCAGUCAGUUAUGAACCAGACAGUUAUUCUGUCAAACCAGAAGUAUCACCAUGUAGUGAUACUAGUGACAAUAACGAUUGUGAUAAUCAGAUAAAAACUCGACCAGGACCAAGCAUACUUGGACCUUUGUUACAUAAACAGAAACGAGGACCUGCUUUUCAGAAUCAUCACAUUCCAUCAAGUGGGAUCGCUACAGUUUCUAAUGAUUCUAGUAGUAGUAAGUGUAUUGAAAGUACACCUCCUUGUAAGGUGCAACUUACUUCGAAAGUAAGCACCAAAACCAGUGCAACAUCUGUAGCGCCAGCCAUCUCUUCUAGGUCAUCUACAGCUUGUCACUCACUCCCUGUUAAUCGCAUACCUGAAAAUGGUCGGUGGCACGUUCCGAAAGUGGCUCACACUCAACCACCUCGAACUCACCGAAACGAGGAAUUAAAAUCACGUAUUGUACGUCAGACGGUUAUUCAACCAACUCCACAAAGCCCUCCAAAUCAUUUGCUGUCCCUUGUAUCUCCAUUGACCAAAUAUAAUCGCCCACGACUUGAAGACUCUCUACCUCAGCCUGCUCAUACCAACCAUAUGAAAAGAGCUCGUACCUAUUCUAACUGUUCCUAUAACCUUAUGUCACCAAUAACAGCUCACAUUUCAAAAACUACUAGCAAUAAUAUGGUAUAUUCUUCUGUUCAUAGCAUGGAUACUAACUCACCAUAUUAUAUUCCUCCUCCUCCUCCUCCUAAGAGACAGAAACUGUCAAGCAGUCACACAUCAUCAUAUUUGGACACUGUACAUAGACCAAAUGAUAUACAAUCAGAACCAACAGAUUUAUCUAUGAAAACAUUGAAAAAAGUUGUAAAUGGAAGGAUGAGUUACAAAAAUUCUUCAAAAGAUUAUUCAAGAAAUGAUAUUAAUGAUUCUAUGCCUAGCAUGUCAUUUGGAUCUUCUUCGUCUCCGCCUAGGGAUCUUCAGACUCCUCUUGAUAUGACUACAAGCUCAAAGAAAUACAAUGUAAAGAAAAAUGUUACUGACAUGUCUAUACCAUUGACGAUCUGCUUUGAAGAUAUUUCCUUCAAUAUUUGUGAAGCUACCUUUCUAAGACGCUUUCCUUGGUGCUGUGUUCCUGCUGGUGAAUCUGCACUAUUGAGCUUGGAGAGUAUUGUGCAGUGAAUUGAAGUGUCUUGUUUGGUGCAUACAUGUAUAAAAUAGUUGUUUU